UGGAGUGUGCGAGCCAAUACGAGACGUUUUCCAACACCGACCGAUAUUGUUUUUGGGCAGAUUUAAGAUUUUUGCUUGAAAAAAUGACUGCCGUGUUUCGUGUUGGCCUGGUGCGGCUCGUCAGCCGCGGCGCCACUGCCCCCAACGGCCUGCUGCAGGCCCAGACGAACGCCUUGCCCGCCGCCUUCCAGCAGAAGUGCAACAUCUCUGGCAGGACAAUGCGCGGCGGACCGCGUGUGCCCAAGGAGGCCCCGUAUCCGUACAAGACGAAGAAGUACAGCGUAGUCAAUGCGUUCUUCGACAAGACCUCCAAGCGUUUCGAUGAGAACUCAAAAGUGAUCUGCGUCGAGGGUCCCAUUGCCUCGGGCAAAACGAAAUUCGCCAAGGAGCUGGCCGAAGAGCUGGACAUGCAGUACUAUCCGGCUGUGGAUUUGGAUUUGAUUUACAUCAAUUCAUAUGGCUAUGAUAUGCGCAAGCUGGAUCCCGAGCUUCCGCCUAGCUGCCGCAGCUAUGACAUUCGCAACUUCUGCCUGGAUCCCAGUCACGACCUGGCCGCCCAGUUCCAAAUCCGCAUGUACAUGCUUCGCUAUUCGCAGUACAUCGAUGCACUGCAGCACAUUUUCUCCACCGGCCAGGGAGUUGUCCUCGAACGCAGUCCCUACUCGGAUUUCGUGUUCAUGGAGACCAUGUUCCGCCAGGGCUAUCUGUCGCGUGGCGCCCGCUCUGUCUACAACGAGAUCCGUCAGAACACCAUCGGAGAGCUGCUGAAGCCGCAUUUGGUUAUCUACUUGGACCUGCCGGUGGAUGCCGUUCAGAAGCGGAUCAAGGCCCGCAACGUGGAGCACGAGGUGAAGUCGACGGUCUUUAGCGAGGCGUAUCUGCGCGACAUGGAGAUCCUGUACAAGCAGCAGUACCUCAAGGACAUUGCCAACCAUGCGGAGCUGCUCAUCUACGACUGGACAGCCGACGGUGAGACCGAGGUGGUCGUCGAAGACAUCGAGCGCAUCGACUUCAACCAGUACGAGUCGGAUCCGCAUAACAAGAAAAUGAUCGACUGGCGCUUCCCGCUGGAGAGCGAGUGGUGCGAGGCACGCAUCAAGUACUGCCAUGAGAAGCCCGAUCUGAUGAACUACUUCAAUGUGCCACGCUUCGACGUGCCCGAGCUGCUGCGCAGUGCCGACGACAGCAAAGUCUGGCGUGAUGUCUGGUUUAAUGCGCCCGGCAUGAAGUUCCGUCCUGGCUACAACGCGGACAUGGGUGACUCUGGUCUGAUGACCAAGACGAAGUUGGGCGUCAACGAGGCCGUCUAGAGGGUUUUUUGCAGAGCGUUUAAAAUUGAAAUCAUCUGGCGAAAAUGUGUUAAUUAUGAAAUAAAACAAUCUAGUAAAAUAAUGGUAAUGCCAAU